GGGAUGGGUCCGUACGGUACGAUACGAGUAUAGGUACUUGCACAGUACUGGUACAUCCAUCCCCGACCAAAACAUAAUACUUGUAUUACGAUAUCCAAUAGAUCGGCCCUGUUUGGACAUUUAUCCCAAUUUUCCUCUACUCGUACCCCCCCCCCACAUCCCCUUCUAAAACAAACCGACGUGCAUAUCGAGGGGUUCGUGAGCACAGCACUACUUGUAGCACUGUGGCACGCGCAGCCUUUUUCUCAAGUUUUCAGCUGGUUACGGGGGUGUUUUGUUCCCUGCACUAGAAUCUGAUCGGUAGAUUUUCUGUGAUGCAGAUUGCGCAUAGCAAUGUAUCGACGGAUUGUUGAGAAUUUAUUCCUUUACCUCCCGCAUGCGUCUACGAGUACGGGUGGUGCUUUGCCGGCAUAGUACAGGCGUGCUGCUUGUAACUCAUUGUGUCGAGCCGGGGCCCUUUUUUUCGUGCUUUCCCUUUUCUCAUUUCGUGAUUUUCCCCGCUGUCGGGACGGUUGUCGAUAAGAUAAAAGGAGGGCCAAUUACCACCCCCUUUUCCCCUGUUCCUCCACCCUUCUUUGUUCCUUAGAGUGAGGGGAAAUUUGACGAACCUGGAAUUCUCCUGUUGCUAUUGUUGACCUAAACAUCCACCUUCCAACUACUAUUUACCCCGCCGUUCGCCUCACCAUGGCCGACACAACUACUGCGAGCGUUACUUACUCCUCCGGUGCCACUGGUGAACCGGAUUUGCGUUUUUUGCAUUAUAACGAUGUGAGUUUUGGUUGCCCGGUUUCGAUGAUUGCCGGAGAUGCGUUUGGUUGCUGAUGGGGAAAUUAUUAUAGGUCUACCACAUUGAUUCUGGGUAUCCCCCCCAUUCCAUCCUAUGAGACCUCUACCCCUCAAUUCCUCUUCUGCCUCUCCGCAGGGACCUGCAUGCAGCACAGUGUAGCUAACGCAACCAACCCGCAGCGCCCGUGACCCUGUCGGCGGUGCCUCUCGUUUCGUGGCCUUGGUAAACCAAUACCGUUCCGCCCCUGAGUACGACGGUCAGCCCUCCCUCCUAACCUUCUUCUCGGGAGAUGCCUUCAACCCCUCCCUCGAAUCCUCCGUGACCAAGGGCCGGCACAUGGUGCCCAUCCUAAACGAAAUCAAGACCAACGUGGCCGGUCUCGGGAAUCACGAUCUUGACUUCGGUGUCGACCAAUUUAGCUACUUGGCGAAGCAAUGCGAGUUUCCCUGGCUCUGUGCAAACGUCGAGGACCCUGCGCUCGGGCAGGGCGUGAGUAUCGGUGGCUUGCCAAAGACGGUGAUUUUGGAGAGUAGCAACGGAUUGAAGGUUGGAGUUAUUGGGCUUGUUGAGAGGGAGUGGCUGGAUACGAUUAAUUCAUUGCCCCCUAAUUUGAAGUAUACCUCUGCGUCUGCCGCGGCUAAGGAGCUGGUGCCGAAGUUGAGGGAGCAAGGAGCGGAUAUUGUUGUUGCGGUUUCGCAUCAGAGGGAGCCGAAUGAUGUAAGCUCCUGGCGGGGUUCGGGGUUUGGAGAGUGCUUACUGAUAAGCGGUAGAUUAAAGUGGCGAAUAAUAUACCGGAGGGCCUUAUCGAUAUCAUCCUUGGAGGGUAGGUAAUCGAUUCCACCGAAUCAUUUCAAUACCAAAGCCUUCUUAAUGCUAAUAUAAGUCACUAGCCACGAUCAUCACUAUGCUCAUGUGAUCGUCAAUGGGUGUCAUGUCAUCAGGUCUGGUUGUGAUUUUAAACAGCUCUCCUACAUCGAGGUUCGAAGGAAGAGCAAGGAUGGAUCGGUCCCUGGCUGGAAUUUCGAUAUUGUCCGGAGAAAUAUUCUUCGAGAGAUGUGGGUUUGCCGAUCGUCCAUAUGAUUAACGCGAUUUCUGACAUCUCUUCAGGCCUGAGGACCCCUCAGCAGUCCAACUUGUAGAUAAACUGACUUCUGGGUUGAAAGCCAAACUGGAAAAGCCGAUUGGAUACACAGCUGUGCCGCUAGAUGCAAGGUUCAGCACCAUCCGGGCAAAGGAGUCGAACAUUGCAAACUUUGUGUAAGUCCCUUAGAUUCCGGUAAUUGAUGGAAGCUAAUGUUAGUGAAGGGCUGACUUGAUGCGAUUCUAUUACUCGGCAGAUUGUACUUUGAUAGCUGCUGGAACCAUCCGUGGAGACCAAAUAUAUCCUCCUGGAGUCCUUAGACUCUGCGAUAUUGUCAGUUGCUUCCCAUUUGAAGACCCCGUUGUGGUCAUCAAGAUUCCCGGUGCCAAUAUCCUCAAAGCCAUCGAAAAUGGUCUCUCCAAGCUUCCAGCAUUCGAGGGCCGUUUCACACACGUCAGUAACAUAUUCUACACUUAUGACGCCUCGCUCCCUGCUGGCUCUCGUAUCAUCACUUGCAAGAUCGGCCAGGACGACCUUGUCCCUGACAAAGCCUACAGCGUUGCUACCAGGAAAUAUAUGGCAAACGGCAAGGACGGCUACGGUGCUCUAACCGGUGAGGCAGGUGCAGAGGAUAUCAUAGACGAGGAAAACGGUGUUCUCAUCUCCAUGAUCCUCCGCCAGUACUUCCUCUCCCUAAAAGUUAUGGGUAAAUGGCGACGUGGUGGCGCUUUCAGACAGUUCUUCGGCGGCCUCAGGUCCGAAAAGGCUAAAAAGGGCGAAUUGCUGCAGCCCGAAGAAACUUCCCGGAAGGAGGUUGACGACGAUGGCGGCUCCGAUAGUGAUGAAGGUGACGAGGAAAUGCACGGUGACGAGGUUCACGAAAGCGGCCUGCCAAAGGAAGAGAAGAUCAGAAAACUGGUCUCGAAAGCGGGGUCGAAGUGGGCGAGACUCGCGGGAGUUCGUGAGAGCAAAGGCGAAGACUCGGAAUUCGUGGUUGAUUGGACAAGAAGUAUCGCACCGAGGUUGGAAGGGAGGAUCAAGGCGGUGUAGGUGUAGAUAUAUAUAUCAGACAAGACAUCAGAUGGGUCGGAUGAGGUAUAAUAUCUGAAAUAUCAAUGAUAUGAUCAAUUCCUG